AUGGCCGCUUGUACAGGAGAGCCCUUUGUAGGGUACGCCCACCAAGAAGACGACGGUCUUUGCCGACCCUUAUUGUCGAUCUGUUAUCUUCAUCUUGUUUUGGUUCAAGAGACUCGUCCAUUCAAGCACUUCAUCGAAGAGAAAUUGAGAGGUAUCGUGGCGAUGUUCGGUUCAUCAGAGAAGAACGCCUUCGAUGGCGACAGCAAGCAGGUCUCGCCUCCAGCGACGGAAGCAGACCAUGAUAUGGGGAGCUCAGUAGCCUAUAUCGACAAGGCGGCGGAGAAGUCAUAUGGUCCGCCUUUCUUCCAACCCAGCUUCGUCUCCAUUCUAACAUUACUACUUCUAGUUCGGAAACUCGACUUCUACCUGCUACCAUUUCUCUCGUUGAUGUACUUCUUCAACUCCGUGGACCGCAGCAAUCUCGGCAACGCGAAGACCGACGGCAUGGACAAAGAUCUCCACUUCAUAGGCGAAGAGUACUCGCUUUUGAUCUUGCUGUUCUAUAUUCCGAAUGGUCUAUGCGAUUUGCCACUGAAUAUGUUGACGAAGAAAUGGUCGGGGAAGAUCAUGCUUCCAGGACUCAUGGUCAGCUGGGGCGCAUGUGCACUCCUCCAAUGCGCCGCCUACAAUUUCGCUGGGAUGGUGGUGCUUCGAUUGUUUCUUGGUGCUUUCGAAGCCGGCUUCUUCGCCGGGACCGUCUUCUACCUCACCCUCUUCUAUACACGCGGCGAACUCGGCUUCCGCAUCGCCAUCUUCUUCGGCAGCGCCCUCCUCGCCGCUGCCUUCAGCGGUCUAAUCUCGUACGGCGUCUUCCAAAUCAACGAUCCGCAAGUUCAGGGGUGGAAGUUCCUAUUCAUCAUCGAAGGCGCCAUGACCGUCCUCAUCGGCACCGCCGCUUUCUGGUGGCUCCCUGCUACCCCAUCCACCGCCUGGUUCCUAACCCCCGCCGAACGCGCUGCCGCGCGCGCCCGCUCCCUGCGCGACUCCUCCAGCUCCACCGGCGUCGAGUUCAGCGUCCGCGAGUGCUUCCAGCACUGGAAGACGUGGAAGUUCUUCCCGUGGAUGGUCAUCAGCUUCACCUACCCUGUCGCCUUCUCCACGACCGCCAACUUCCUCCCGCAAAUCGUUGCUCGGCUGGGGUAUUCAGUCGUCAAGACGAACCUGUGGACUGUCGCGCCAAACGCCGUCGGCUUCGUAUUCCUACUGCUAGUAACCUACAGCAGUGACCGCUUCCGUGAGCGCACAUUCCACAUCGUCUUCGCGCUCCUAGUCAGCGGCGUCGGCAUGGUCAUCCUCGCGACCAUCGACGUCCUCGCCAACAAGGGCGUCGCGUACUUCGCGUGCUUCAUGAUGGCCUCGGGCGCCUACAUCCCCUCGUGCCUCGUGCACAGCUGGCACAACAACAACAACCUCAACGAGAACUCGCGGGCGGCGACGACGGGGUUGCUGGUGGGGUUGGGCAAUCUGGGGGGGAUCCUGUCGGCGGGGACGUUCAGGCAGCAGUACGCGCCCAAGUAUGUGCCGACGCUGAUUGCGACGUGUUGCUGUAAUCUGGUGUGUAUUGUGUUUACGCUGUGGUUGGGCGGGUGGAUGAAGAUGGAGAACCGGAGGAGGGAUCGGGAGAUGGGGGAGGUGAUUAGGCCGGAGGAUAUUGAUACGGAUGAGUUGGCGGAUGGGGAGAGGAGUGCCAAGUGGCGGUAUUUUACUUGAAUGGGGCUUUGGUGGCUAGAGAGGGUGAGGAUCGUGUUAGUCAAAGAUACGGGUAUAGAUACGAAUCUCGAGCAGUUAAUUAAGGUGU